AUGGUCUCGCACCCAGCCCCCGCGCCUGGUCUUACUGUCGCCACCCACCAUGUCUUCGACCUGUAUCAGUCUGAACUCGACAACUUAUUGUUCACCAAUCCCACCUACUCAAACGGACACUCCAACCCUAGCACCAUCCUCAGCAACAUCACCGCCCUUUCUAGCCAGAUAGCAUAUUCAGAAGACAUCAAUGGCAACAUUACUACUCUAUCCACCAACUAUGUUGGAACCCCAGAUGGAGUCGUCCAAGGUCUGCUGUAUGUGCCAGACCUUGAGAGCGACGAUCCAUGCUAUGGCCUAGCAAAGGAUUAUAUCCCAGCGAACGUCACCAGGCAGAAGAACCUGCCCAACACCAAUUACAAUUCUAUCGCUCUCGCUCCAUGGAUCAACGCAAACUGCACGAGCUCGUUUCUCACCGCCGCAGGGUCAGAUCCCCUGCGAGGCAUGUUGUUCUACCUCCCAGAUGGUGACGCUGCUUCACCACCAAAAGCCGAAUCCGAGGUAUGGGACCUAAACGAUGGAGAGGAAUGGAAGGACCACCACUAUCCCGUUUAUGCCAUACCUGGUGCCUCGGGGAACGAGAUGAUGCGCCAGCUCAGCUUCUACUCGGGUGACUUGGCUGAUGUCCCGUUCGCGGACCAAAUCAACGCGACAUAUUCCCCCAACCCGGCCGACUACGUGCGUGUGUGGACCGAGUUGACAGUGUCGACGGGUCCCGCAGUACUGGAGCUCUGGGUUCUCGUCCUGAUUAUCAUCGGCGUACUGCUCGUCGUUAUUGGCGGCACGUCCCUGCUUAUGCACUAUGUCCAAAGCCGCCGCCGAGCCACAUUGCGUCGUCGAGUGACGCGUGGCGAGGUCAACCUCGAAGCCCUCGGUAUCAAGCGAUUGACCGUUCCUCCGGACCAUAUCCUCACAUUUCCCCUAUUUACUUACAACUAUGACCCGCCACUGUCAUCACCCACUUCGAUCCAGUCCCCCCAAUCACCGAUAUCCAAGUUACCUGAAGCCUCAUCAAAGGCAAUCAGCGGAAGCAUUGGGAAGGGACACUUUCCUCUGGAGUACCAACCUACCUGUCUGAUCUGCCUAGACGAUUACGAGUCAAAAGCGACCAUCAUCCGUGAACUUUCGUGCGGACACAUAUUUCACCCGGACUGCAUCGACGAAUUCCUGAGCGAAGUGAGCUCGCUGUGUCCGCUAUGCAAAGCAUCCAUGCUGCCACCAGGCUACUGCCCGAGGAUAACGAACUCGAUGGUCCGAAGGGAAUUUGGGACACGGAGACUCAGGUCAAGCGGCAUCAAUUCACCUGACAUUGAAAGCGGAUGUCGGAGGUUAUCAUCGUGGAGCACUCUUAAGGAGAGGCUGUUCCGAAUAUCGCCGUCGGCACCGAAUCCGAUUACCUCAGUUCGCCUGCAGGAUCAGCAUCCUAUCACGAGAUCUAGCGCAGUAGCGACAAUGACGCCAAGGGAGCGUAUGCAGGAGCUCGCUGAUUCCAUCGACGAAACCAAUAGCGAUGAUGGGCGGCCACGCUGGAAACGGACAGCUGUCAAGGUGUUUCCUGGGUUUAGAUGA